GGGAGCAGGGCAGGGUAAGCGCCGAAAUCUGCCUUCUCCGGGGUAACGAGACCGGUGGAAGCGAAGGCUGGGCGCGCCAUCCUACAGCAACAAUUGCUUUGCAGGUGCUCGGUCUCUGUCAGCCUCCAUCCCCUGGGAAGCAGGCAACACUUUUCCACAUUCCCAAGUUAAGAAUGAUGCUAGUGAACGUUUUAUUUUCCUGCAUCUCUAUAUUAUCCAAAUCUAGACUACGUAUAUGAAUUCACAACACAGAAGCUCUCAUCCAAUGAAGACUCCAGGCUCAUCUAUUUGCUACAGAUAAAAUCUUAUUUUUGCAAUUCAUUCCUUGUUGGAAGGCUGGAAGUGUCACUGUUCGGCUGCUGCUUCUUUGCAGGGGAAUGCUGUUUAUGUGGAAAAGUGUUGUUUGCACCCUGAGUUACCAUGCUGCAAAAAUACUGUGUGGGGCUCUCUUUGCAGAGCUGUGAGCCAUGCCUUCAUUUGCUGAGCAUCUAUGUCCUGGCCUUCCUGCCUUCACCUCCCUGAAUGUCUUAGGACCUAUACCCUGAAGCAAUUUAGAGAAUACAGGCAUGCAGUGAGCAUAUAAGUAUGACAGGUCAGCUGUGUGGUCGUGGUGCUCCUUUUGCAGCAUUUCUGGCCAUGUGUCGUUAACUCAGGUAGCUGAGACUCUUCAGAGAAUUCCAUAUUCAUGCUGAUUUCUAUUUCUAGCCUAUUUUAUAGAUUGCUAAUCUUUUCAUCUUACCACUUUCUAUGACCAAUUUCUGUAAUAGCAUUUCUGGAACACAGUUUUGUUUCCCUGAACAGAUAGUUAAAGGCAAAUGAGGUGCUUUUAAAGCUCCCAGAGAAUGCCUUUUAAUAUGUCCCUUUCCAAGUUAGGUUUGCUGUUACUCAAGCACAAGCUCAGGACUGAAGCUAUUCAAAGUACUUUCAGAAUGACCACGUCCAUGAACCAGCAGCUGGGCUGCAGACAUCCAAGAAGAGAACAGAUGGCCACUGAUGUGGUCAAUUUUGUUACAAACUGUCAUUUUGGAAGUGAGUUUUUAGGCACCUGAGACUUAGUUAUGCCAAGAGGAUGAAUGCUCCCAGUUUGAGAUCGUGUAAAAAUAGUAAUUCCCUAAGUAUUGAGCCAUUAGAAAAAAAUCCUGUAGUGGGUUCUGUGAGAGAAGGACUGAAGCCAAGAACACCAGGAAGAUCAUCCUGGUUACUUUCUUGAUCUUCUUAAGUCUCUCUGUAAACCUAAGAGUAAAGGCUAAGCCUGAAAAAAAUGACACCCAUUUGUCACCCCAAACCACCAAACAGCUGGGUCUGGGAUCUUCAAUCCACACCAAACACUGACAGUGUUGGGCUGGUGGUUCUAGAAUAAGAAUUUUGACAUCUUCCUUCCAGCAGCCUCACAAUACCUGGUACCCAUGGUGUUCCCCUUCAUCCUCCCAUAGGUGCAGCCAGCACACCCAGCUCCUAUCUGUUUUAUUUAGCUCAGUAUGAAGCCAUUUUCCUCAUUCCUAUUUUCCUUAGGACUCUGUUUCUUCAGGCCUCAGAAGGACUUCCAGUGGCCUUUUAUUUUGCAGUGUGAUGUUAAGGAGCCUUUCUUUUUGCCAGUGUUUAUAUGAGUAACAAAUCAAAGGAGAAGAAUCCUGACCUGUAGAAAAAAGAUUGAGCUCUGUCUGGGGCCAGCCCCCACAAAAUGGCUCUGCAGAAUAUAAAUCAUACAAUGCCUGUCCCCAUGAUGCUGUCCUAAAGGCUGUCUUUGAGGAUUUUGGGAUCCUGGCCAGGUUAGUUAGCAUUCACAGUCUUCUGACUCAGGACUUUGACAGAUACACUGCAGCAAAUGAAAAGGUAUCUGACUAACUGGGAGAGGACAUCUAACCUGUGUGCAGCACUGAAAUGUGAAAGCAAUAAAAGGUAUUCAAGGUGCCACGGGUUUGGGGAUACAUAAUUAGAACAAAAUUUCCUGUGAACUUUAAGGCUUCAAUUACAAUUUCUGAAAUUCAGGACAAGGAGCAGAAGAACACAAAUCUGCACAUUAGAACCAAUCUCCCCCAGGCAAAAUACACAGUUUUCUCAUGCAGCUUUAUCAUGCAAACUUUUGUUAAAUAAGACUAAGAUGUCAAUUUCUCCACGUUUCAGCAUCAAUCAAGCUUUGCACAGACAUUUGUCCCAUAAUGUCUCCUGACAAGCACAUAAUGUACAAACAAAUCCCAUCUAAUUCCAGUGUAUAAGCUGCAAAAUUAGUAAGACUGGAAGUCAUAUUCUUGGAAAAUUACUCUCUGUGGUAAAGAAAUGUUAUGUCAAAUGUAAACAUAUUUGUCUGGACUCAGCUCAAAUUCAGGGCUCUCCAUGGCCAGCCUACCCCUAAGAUUCUUCUCAAUGUCUUUCAAGAGGGAAACUGGGUUUUUUAGGUCUGGCUUUUCCAUGUAGUGAUUAUGUAUCAUUUUCCUUUAUAAGCCUUGUUUAUAAUUUUUAUAACCCAGUACUCUAGGACUUUUGGAAAGUAUGUGUUUUUCCUUGACUGGAUCUUGCUCAAAUCAACUGACUUCUAACAUAAAUUUGUGAUAUUGAACUUUCUGUAAUUUUUUUUUUUCCUGCAGAAGGUCAAACUUAAUAGAAAAAUUGGAGGUAUGCCCAAUGAAAAUCCAUAUAGCAGGUGGGCUUUACCUAUGAUGUAUUUUCAGAAAAUAAAUCUUGCUUGUUGUUGACAUUAUUUCUAAUUCCUAUAGGCUGUAUCUGGAUCUUUCUUCCAGCUUAACAGGAAUUAUAACAGCAUGACCCAAAGAGCAGAACAUAAUUCAAAGCAAGGAAGGAUCUCAUAUACAGGUCUAUAGAAUAAACAGACCAGCACUUGUUAUGCUCUGGAAAAUGUGUAAAGACUAACAGGAACCAUUAUUUAAUAUUGUUAUACUGAGGUUUAUUGCAAAAAAGGGAAAUACUUGUGUUUUGCCCUUUUGAUCUUUGUUCUAAAAUUUUUGUUCUUUAGGAUAAUAGUCAAAAACCCCACAAACUUUGAAGAAAGAAAGGACAUACCAAACGAGAUAAAAGUUCUGUCCAUUUGUGACUGCUCAGGAAUACCAAAAGUUAUUUUUACUUUUUCUGCUGUUUUUGCUUGUAGGCUGACUCAGAGUAUGGCCCCUCUCAGCCAUGGCUGCAGUACAGAGCAGAGAUACUGGAACUCUCUUUAACCUGGCUUAGCAGUGCAGGCAAAGAAGCAAUAGAGGUGAAACUCCCACAGAGCCACCAGGAUGUGAUGCCCAAUGAUGAGCAGUAAUUACUGCAGCAACACUUCAGCCAGCAUGAGUGUCAACGAAAUGUCUGCCUUCCCCCUGACCUUAGAACAAAAAACUGGCUUUGCCUUUGUGGGGAUUUUGUGUGUUUUCUUGGGACUUUUAAUUAUCAGAUGCUUCAAAAUCUUGCUAGACCCCUACAGCAGUAUGCCUUCUUCCACGUGGGAAGAUGAAGUUGAGGGGCUGGAUAAAGGAACAUUUGAAUAUGCUCUUGCAUGAAAACUCACAGAAUAUCCUGCCUUAAAUUUGAUGUUGAUUUCAUUUUGGAAACCAACUGUUGUUACAUUUGUUAUACAUACCUGCAUUUUGGAGAUAUGUUGGUGGCAUCCAUUUUGUUAAAUAAAUAUUUGUUGCAAACUCA